GCUAAAUCUCAUCUGAACCCAGAUACCAUACCAAAUCAUUUGCUGAUUUUAUUUCAAUAGCUUGAUUCCUUCCCUAAAAAACAAAAGGAGUUGUUAGUAAUUAAAAUUCCUUAACAACGGUGUUAUAUGAAAGGAGCAUUCAACUUUAGACACUUAAAUCUUUUUCUUCGUUUUCAUUUCUUCUUUAUUUACUUGGUUUUUUCAGUUAAUAGGUAGAGCCUAAAAAUAAAUUAGACAGCACCAAGUUUGAAGAGCAUGGCUUCCAAUAUUGUGACAAUAAUUUCAAGUUUUGUUAUAGCAGUGAUAGUAGCUAUCACAGUUCAGAUCUUCUACUUCUCACCCAUAGAUCCACUACCACUGGAGAUUCCACCUUCAUCUUCUGCUAGACACAACCAAUUAAAGAACAUAAUUAAGCUAGGAGAAGGGGUUCUGAAGGAUCCAGAAGAUGUUUGUUUUGACAAAGAGGGAACUCUGUAUGCUGCUACAAGAGAUGGUUGGAUUAAAAGAUUACCAAGAAAUAAUGGAGAUUGGGAGAAUUGGAAGCAUAUUGAUAGUAACACUUUGCUAGGAAUCACUCCUUCUAAAGAUGGUGGCCUAAUCGUAUGUGACGCUACAAAGGGUUUAUUCAAGGUUACAGAGGAUGAUGGUUUCACUGUUCUCGUUUCAUCACAAGGGAAUGGUUCUCAAAUCAAUUUUGCAGAUGAUGUGAUAGAAGCAUCAGAUGGAAGUAUAUAUUUCAGUGAUGCUAGCAAAAAGUAUGGUUUGCAUCAUGUGCAUCUGGAUUUGCUAGAGGCAAGACCACAUGGACAACUUCUAAAGUACAAUCCAACUUCAAAUGAUGUUGAUAUUGUCUUGGACAAACUGUACUUUGCCAAUGGAGUUGCACUCUCCAAAGACGAAGAUUAUCUUCUUGUGUCUGAAACCUGGAAAUCCAGGGUUCUGAGGCAUUGGCUAAAAGGAGCAAAUAAAGGCAAAACAGAUAUUUUCGUUGAAAACCUUCCGGGUGGACCUGAUAAUAUCAAUCUAGCUCCUGAUGGUUCAUUUUGGAUAGCUUUGGUUUCGCUAACUAAUAAUGGAUUGGAGUUUAUGCACAAAUACACGGUAAUUAAGCACUUACUAGGUUCAUUUCCAAGGUUAUAUGGCCUUACGAGUGGUGAAACCAAGAAGGCAACAGUGGUCAAUGUGGCAACUGAUGGCAACAUAACCAGAAUAUUUGGUGAUAAUGAUGGUAGAGUGAUUAAUUUUGUGACUUCAGCUUUCGAGUUUGAGGAUCAUCUUUAUUUGGGCAGUCUCAAUUCCAACUUUGUUGGAAAAUUACCUUUGCACAGUGCUUAGAACUUUGUUAUAUAGAAUAGAAGGCUAAAUCUCAAUUUUGGUCCGUAAGAUUCACGCGAUUAUCUAUUUUGAUCUCCAAAAUUUAAAAUUAUCUAUACUGGCUCUCCAGAUUCAAGUUCGGACACUAAUGUGGUCUUUUGACUCUUUUCGGCGAUGACUAGACAAAUAGAAUGCUGAGAUGGCACCCUCUCUGCCACGCUGGAUGAUGAGUAAAUGACGUCAUUUAUCCUUGACGCCCAAACAAGUCAGAAAUAAAGAAUAGUGGAGGUAGAGAAGAAGAAGAAUAUUUUAUUUUGGGUUUCCAUGGUUUCUUCUCCCUUCAUAUAUAAAGCAACGAUAUUUCUGACUUGUUUGGGCGACAAGGGUAAACAACGUCGUUUACUCAUCAUCCAGCGUGACAAGAAAUAUGCCAUCUUAGCACUUUGUUUGCCUAAUCAUCGCCGGAAAGAAUUGAGAGACCAUAUUGGUUCCUGAACUUGAAUCUAAAGGACUAAUAUAGGUAAUUUUAAAUUUCAGAGACCAAAUUGAAUAAUCGCAUGAAUCUCAGGGACCAAAAUGAGAAUUUAGUCAUUGACGCAUGUAGUAUUAUUGGUAGUUAGAUAAACACUUCAAAUACUCAAGGGAAUUGGUCCAUGUGAUUAUUGUCAUUUUGUAUCAUGUCAUAAUAGACUCGUUUGUUUAUGUAUUUCAAGAAAAUCCACAAACAGAAAAUUGAGUAGUGUGUUUUUCAUAAAUUAAUUUAUGAAUGGAAGUAAUAAUAGAGAUGUACAA